UCCUAUCAAAUGAUUCCUAGCUCAUUAGUACAUAAAACUUUUGAAGUUAUAUAAUAACCGCAUAAAAUUACGACCGGUUAAUGCAAUUAAUUAAUUCAAGUUCGCGAGGGAAAAUAAUGUUUCUUCAUUAGGCAUGCUGCUUUAAACUUAACGGUGUAAUGACUUAACGCCGUUCAAAUUCACAGGCUACGUCGUGCGUAAUAGGAAAAGUGUGAAAAAUAGGGAUUGUUUUCAUUAAAGAUAAAUACAAAAAAAAGAGAAAAUAGAAGACAAUUUUUUAUAUACAUGCAUAUUAUGAGAUGCAAGUAAUUGAUUAACAAACGACGCUAAUUCGCGCAUGUGAUCGUCACGGGCGGUGGCGCAUUCCGCCGGGGAGGCGGCGCGGCGCGUGCGCACAUUCCGUUUCACAUAAUACUGAUUCGCCAUCUCCGCCGCAUGGAAAUUAAGGGAGCUUAGAAUCUAUUAGAUACUGGUUACUGGUAUUUGUAUAAUACAUGUCCAGUUUGUGUUAAGUUUUAGUGUAGGGUCUAACCUUGUUUCACCUAUCGGCUGAAGUUUGAAAUUCGCCUUAAAAGGCUUUGGGUGAGUAAUAGAGAAAUAAAAAAUCAAGUUUAGUUUACCUAUUGAAAAGGAAAUAGCCGAAUUCAGCUGCUUUUAUGAUUUUCCAGUCGACACCUUACAUCGCCUUAGCGAUCAGGGCAAAUGCAAAAUUUGAACCUGGGUUUAUAUUAAUAUUAUAAUUUAAAAGAAGUCAAUCGAGAACCGACCUAACCGUGUAGUCCAUUCCUUGUUCUAUAUCAUUGUGUCGAGACCAGCGGAUAUCAAUCUUAUGCAAUAUGCAUAUGUAUGCAUAUUUGAGAACACCGCUUCAUGGUAAAAAUAACGGCGACAUGCAUCAAUGGGUUUUAUCAUUGUUUGAACGAAAAUUUCAAACGCGACUGAACAAUGUUGAAAAAACACCGAGUAGAGUUGUUAUUGAAGUACAAAAGAAAAGUAAAAAUUAUAGAAGCGCAUAGCAGGAGCGCUGAACAUUUGCCAUUUAACAGAGUUACCACUCGAACGCGCCGAGCCGCCGCGGGCAAACGUGUGCCACCAAACGCCAUCAACACUUUCACGUUUACAAAUAAAAAAAGCGCGGGAACUUGCGCGAGAGAUCUUGCACUUACUCAAAUAACAACAACCAGUAUUAUAAUUACUCGAGAUUCAAAUACCGCAGUAUCGGAUUGUUUACAAAUAGACAAUCAUGAUGUGAAAAUAAAUAAAAGCAACUAUUUAUCGAGCCGAGUGUACGAGUUUUAAGAAAAUCGACGAGUACCGCACGUGACUUUGCGGACCUUCUUUUUCUACUAUUUCUCUUUCCUUAUCUUUGAUUCCUUCGCCUAUUGCUUCCUAAGACUUUUUUUUCGGUUACCGACUGAGUCGCGACAGUUGCGUGAGUUAAUACCAACUUUGGAACUUGUUGGCAGUGCAGUGUUAGAAUUGUGCAUCAAUACGUGUGGACGUACUGAGAGAGUGCGUUCGAAACUUGGAAUUGUCUCGUUGAUAUAAUAUGGGUAUAAUUUGGAAAUCCGCCAUGCCUUUAUUGACUACGUUGGCUGCUUUGGUGAUUAUUGUAAAUUCUGCGGAGGAGGACAUUGAGGCGGAGUACCGGCAUGACCUGAGGCCGAGGAUGUUGGACACGGGGACGCCCAGCCAUGACCAGACUUGGAGAGCAAUGGAAGCCGACCCUCCUAUACAACAACCACGACAUACGGAAAAUUGGGGUAACGAAUCACCAGAUGAACUCCCAAAGCGGCGCAGGUCAGGACGGAAACGAAAACGUCGUCCACAAACCCCAGCUGGAGAUGAUCAGGCGCCACAAGACAGAAACGUAUACCUAAAUGAACCCCCACGACCCUACUUCGACGUUGAUUUCGAAAACACUCGUCAAACUACAGAAAUGCCCAAAAGGAGGCAAAAGAAACCUGAAACUAGACCCAUCCGAUGGACAGACGAUGUAGUAGAGUUAGAACGACCACUGAGAAGAAGAGGGCAAAGAAGAAAACGACCCUCUCUAGACACAUGGCCAGAAUUGAGCGAAUUCAGGCAUUCUGCAGCGAUUGUCCAUGACGAGGUAGAAACCAAAACAGACCCGACCGAUCAAGUCACGAUAGAUGAGUUUCUGCAGGAAGACCAACACGAUGUGCAGUAUAGAGACGAAACCAACUUGAUGGAUCAACAAUUGCCCAACUUAAAACUAGAUCUAAAUCAACGCGAGAAUAACGAUGAAUUCGCUUUACCUGAAGCUGAUGUAGAAGAACCUGUGGGACCUACAGUCAAAAAUAUAGAAGACAAAUCUUUAUCGGAGUUUUCAUCGGAACUCAUGGUUGGUAAACCCAGACCUACUAACCAUGGCAGAAUAAAUGCUCAUCGUUAUCAAAAUCAAAGCAACAAAACUACAAUUUUAACGGAGUUCGACAAAGCUCAGGAUAACUAUUUAAUGGAUCCAUUAACCUUAAAGGAUAUAUUAAAAAGAUCGAACGGAACAAGUUUGAGUGAAAUUCUCCAGCAACACAAUCUGUCACUGACAGAUUUGCUUCGUGGAAAACAUCAUGCAGUUUCAAUAUUUAAAACUCGUGAGUCUCUAGAACUGCCUAAUAGGAAUCCUCCUGAUCUUCCUGAGCCAGUUAAUGACGCAAAUGAAUUAAAACAAGACUUAACAGGUAAAGACGAGUCCGAAGAGCAAAUUUUAGUGAAUUCUGAAACAAAAUACGCUUCGGAACCCGCCUCAGAACGUCUAGUACAAGAAGUUCAAACUGAAGCUACUAUAAAAGUUAAUGAUGAAUUAACAACUGCAAAGAAUUUAGAUGAAAAAACUCCUAAAAUAUAUAGACGUCGUUACCCAGUAGGAUUGCGUAAGAAAUUGCGUAUGCGACCAAUGUUAAACAACACUUACAAGGGUCAGUUGAGUAGGGAUAUGAUAUCAAUGACUGCUAGAAAAUAUUCGCAACAUAGACGAAACGUAACUAAAUCUAAGGAAUGGAAAGACGUUGUUCCAUCUAUGACGCAAAAUAAAACAGAAGUCGAAAACAACUGGACUACUGACUAUGAAACGACCACAGUUUUUAUUCCUGCCGAAGAAGCAACUAUUACGAUUGACGUUAGCAACAAUAAUAGUUCAUCAGAAGAAAAUAAACCAGAUGACGAUCUUGUCAUUAAACUGGAUGACAUAAGCAUGGAAAUGACGGAAACUACAAUCAUUCCUACGAAAGAAACUACCACUGAGAUUAUAAAAACAGAAAAACCAAGCGUGCUUUCCAUUGCUAGACCAACGCAGAAUUCUUUGGGUCUAAGACGUCAAGCUUUUAAUAACAGACUGAAGCGUAAACGUCUUAAGCAUAAAAACGCUACAACGGAGCCUCCACAAGACGAUAUUAUCAAACAGUUGUUUGGUUUAGGUAGUUUAGUUUCUUCUUCUGAAUUUAUUGCCAGAACCCAAGAACCAAAGACAACAGUAGAAGAUAACAACGGAGACUUCACUACAUUAGACGAUUUUAUGACGACGGAAAGUAGUCGGCGAACAGAGAGUGUUCCUGCACAGACCAAGACGUAUACAGUUAAAACUACAAUAUCUUCAACACCAGCGCCGACUACAACGGAAGAAACAGCUAAAAUCGAAAUUGAAGAAAUAUUAAAUGAUACUCAAACGAGUGCAAAACUAUCAAAGAUACUGAUGGAACGAAAUAUGACACUAAGUGAAUUAGUGGAACAUAGAGAACGUGGAUCCAGCCAUGUGCAUUUGGCUGAUAUAUUCCACAAUGCGUCGCGAGAACCUAACCCACCAGAACCGUUCUUAUCUAAGUCUCUUUUAGAGCCUAUAUCGAAAGAGACUUACCCAUUGAGGGCUCUUUUAGAUGCCAACUCGCAUGAUCCAAAUUCAAGAACAACUACGCUAGAUUCGAGUAUGAUAAGCAACGUAAAUAUUCCUGUUGUAAUGGACUUCCGCAACAAUGUCAACGAAAACGCAGAGAAUAUGGGAAUAAUGUCAUUAUUUACUAACUUUACUAAACACAUGAAUAAAACCAUACACAACAACCCAGACGCCGAAGUAAAGGUUACAACAACGCCUGUAGAUGUUGUUAUUGCUACAAAUAAUAACGAAACUGAAACAGUGAGGGAGAGUCGAGUAUUGAGUGAAAGUCAAGAUGAUGUCGUCAGCUGGAAUGAAAUAUUUUCUUUAAUGGGAAGAAAUCAUAACAAUGAUUCAGAAGAACUCUCGCCAAUAAAACCGUUCAAGAAAAUUCGGUUAGACGAAGACAUUGAUGGCGAUGGCUUAAUAGUAUUGGAAGAUCUUCAGCACCUUAAAGAUAUAGACAGCAACAUAGCUUCCGGUUCGGAUGAGAAAGUAGAAGUUAAUGCUUACGAAAACAAAGAGUCAUCGCCACAUGGAUCAGGUAUUCUAGAUAAAAUACCCAGCCAAACUAGAUCUGUGACAGUGGCAACAGCAAGUAUCGCAGGUUUAGCUAUGAUAUUAUUUUUACUAACGUAUGCAGCAUUUAAAUGGAAACAACAAAGAUCAGUGAUUAGAAAAAAACGCAGUUUCGGUGACGAACGGAUUCCGACACCUGUUUUUGAGAAUAGAAAAGGUCACAAGAAUAACAGUAGUACACGCAGUAUUAGUCCAAUGUUGCAAACAUCGAAUAUUUAUACAUUGAAUACAUUAGACUCACAAAAUGGUAAAGAUUCACCAGAUUACAUGUGGGAUACUUUAAGAAAACCAUUCCAAUAAGAGGCUCUUAAGUUUUAAGUUAGACUGAUUGACAGAGGAAAUUGGUAAAUUUAGAUUAAUUAUGAAAUUUUAAGAUAGUUAAAUGGGUGUUUUCUACAAUGAUAAAAAUGCAUGACAUUUAAGAGCAGAUAGUCUGGAAAUGUCUGUCAUUUUUUAUGAAGCUAUUGUGAAUAUCACCUUGUAAUUUAAACUAGUGACCUGAUAUUGAUUAAGAUUUUUAUAAAAUAGAUCAAUAUUAAUUUAAAGCACAAACGCAUACCUAUAUUUCUAACAAUAGCUAAGUUUGUGAGGUUCAUGCUAUGUUAGAGAAACUGUUUCAUCUUACUCUCUUUACAUCUAAGAGUGAACUGUUACACUGAUGUAUAAUAAACAUUGGUCUAGACUGCAGUAUUACUUUCAUUCGGCCUAUGAUAAUUUAUUGGUUUUCAGUAUUAUUCUAUAAGUGCAAUGUGACAUAUCAAAGACAUUUUUGUGUUUCUUAUUUUUAUAGUGUUGUCUUUAAAAUAAAAUAAGAAUUGUAA